AUGAAGGAUUAUUCACCACCAUGGGCAAAGUUGCAGGCGAAAGGGAUCAUGUUCCUCAAUGGGUCGAAACCUAGCAUUCAAAUAAAUGACAAAUCAUAUCAAAACCAUGCCUUAAAAUCUAUAAGCUCAUAUCUUUCAUCUCAUUCAACACCUUUCCAUCUCAAACCACCACUUCCAUCAGCUAAAGAUAUAACAUCUACUCUCCGUUUCAUUCUCUUUCGUCUCAAUUUCACCGAUUCUUCAUCUUCUUCUUCGGUCAAGAUUGAAGAAGAUGUACCGAUUUUACUGAAUUUCUUAAAUUGUCCUAUUAAGAUUAACAAAUCUGUACUAAAAAAUCCAGGUAUACCUCAUUCUUGGCCUUCUUUACUGGCUGUUAUUCACUGGUUAGUUCGAUGUUGCAUUUAUAAUGAUCAUAUUGGAUCCAGUACCAUGACCACUACUACGAGAUCUUUAAAUGAUAAUAAACUUCUUGAUUAUACUUUGAGGAGUUAUAGUCAUUAUAUUAGUGGUGAAGAUGAUGAGGUUGAUGCUUUAGAUGAUGAGUUUAUAAAGAAAUUAGAGUCCGAAAGGAUGUCUGUUGAGAAUAAGGUUAAAUUGUUGCUGGAGGAGAUUACUGAGCUCGAGAAAAAAAUUGAGAGUUUAAGAUCGGCUCCGUCCGCUAGAGAAGUGCUUGAGAAGGAGAAAUCUAUGUUGGAAGAGGAUAUCAAGAAGUUUCAUGCGAUUAUUAAUGAGUAUACAAGUAGAAUUGAGAUGGUAGACAAUGAGUUGAAGGUAAAAGAGAAGGAAUUGGAUGCCAAGGUUGAGGAGAAUCGUAGGAUUUGUGAGGAGAAUGAUGAGUUGAAGAAGCGUAUUGAAGCGCAGACUGUCAACAUGAGAGAUGCAGAUAGGAUGAAAAAGGAGUUACAAGCUAUUGAGAGGGAUAUUACGGAGGCUGAAGUUGAAAGAAGUGCGUGGGAAGAGAAGGCGUGGGAUCUUGACUCGCAAAUUAGUCACAAGUUUAAGGAGCUUGAGAAUCUUUCUAUCGAUUGUAACCAGGCUAUCAGAAGGUUAAAGCUUGGAAAUGAAUAUCAGUAUCUGCUUAAUCCCAAAGGUUCUACUCCUAUGGAUGUUUUGGGGAUUGACUACAAAACUCUCAAAGUUGCACUCAAUGCUUUAUCAGAAGACAUAAAGAAAAGCUCUGUUGCAAAGUUUGAGGAACUGAUUUUCCUGCAACAACAGUCGACCGAAAAUGCUGCAAAGCUUGAGGCGAAAAGAAAUCAUCUUGUAGAACUUCAGUCCAAAAUUGAUAUGCUUGAAUCUCAUUUAAGCUUGAUGAGGAAGGAAUCAGAAGAUUUUACAUCAAAGUGUGCUGUUGAAGCAAAGAGAAUGAGUGAAGAGGUCGAAAGAGAGAGACAUAAUGUAGAGAUGAUGGAAAGAGAAGCAGAAGAAUUCGUGAAGAUCUCCAAGACGAAGUUACAAUUUACUAUAAAACAGCAGGAGGAAGAAAUCCAGAUGUGUGCUCGUGAGUUACUCUCCCUGGUUGAUUCUGUUUCGAAGUAUAAAGAGCAUAUGGAGUCUAUAAUCUCUGACACGGCUCUCUCAGAAACUGUCGAAGCGGUAGCAAGUGCUUUUGAAGGUUCAUUACCAGCUGGCCUUGGUACCUCUGGUGCAAUACAGUCUCACGAACAAGAUCCAAAUAUGCAGGCAAGAUCGACUGAUACACAACCUUCCAAAUAGUAUUUCGUGUAUUGCACCUAAAAUUCAGGUUGUGUCUGUGCAUAUGCUAAUUACUGACGAGGGGGUUGCGACGUUGUGCAUUGUCUUGCGUUGAAAAAUGUAUAUAUAGACACCAUUUGCUGAACAUGGUUUCUAACAAAUGAUCUACUUGACUUGAUUAUAUUUUGGAAGCAUGAAAAUGCUGUGUUUUGUUACUAUGAAAAUGAUAGUAUAGGAGCACUCUAUCAUGUUUUAGCCACGUGUUAGUCUAGCUGCUGUACCUGACCUCGGAGAAGUUCAGUUGUUUAUAAACAUAAAUCCGGUAGUAAAAUGAUUUUACCUUACCUGUGCUAGUACUGGCUAGAGAGCUAGUAUUUUUUUUUCUCGUUUUGUUAAUCUUGUAUUUUUGGCUACACUGUUUAGAACAUCCGUUGGUUUUACAACCAUCUUCUAGUUUAGUUGUAAUGGGGAAUG